AUGAAACAUUUGCUACGGAAGUUUCACAUCGGCGAUCAUCAUAGGCCGCCCGCACUCGAUUCCUCCCCUCAGACAACACCGUUUCAACCCUCGCCUGCAUCGACCUCGUCAUCAUCACCAACUGAUUUGCCUCAGACGACAUCGAAUUUGGAAAACGAGAAUUUCGAUAACUUUAAUUUCUUUGAGGAGGAGUUCCAGGUGGAGUUGGCCUUGGCAAUCAGCGUUUCGGAUCAGGGUCGAAAGGAUGGUGACCCGGAAGCCGCUCAGAUAAACGCCGCCAAGCAGAUUAGCCUCGGGUGCUCGCCCUCGCAAAGCCUCUCUGAAUUUUUGUCUCUACGAUAUUGGAGCUAUAGUGUUGUAAAUUAUGACGAGAAAGUAAUUGAUGGGUUUUAUGAUGUUUCUGGAAUUAAUUCAAAUUUGGUGCUCCAAGAACAAAUGCCAUCACUGCUUGAUCUUGAAACAAUGUCUGUUUCGGAUAAUGUUGGUUAUGAGGUUGUUUUGGUCAACCGUGUAGUUGAUGUGGAACUACAGCAGCUUGAGGAAAAAGUGUACUUCAUGGCUAUGGAUUGCCAUGCUUUUGAUGCGGGCCUUAAAACAAGUUUUCUUGUUCAAAAGAUUGCAAACCUUGUUGUUGACAGAAUGGGAGGUUCUGUUACUGAUGCAGAAGAUAUAUCUAGGAGGUGGAAAGCAAGGAGUUACGGUUUGCAGGUUUUUCUGAAUACAAUCAUCCUUCCGCUUGGCUGUCUUGAUGUUGGACAUUCGCGUCAUAGGGCCUUGCUCUUUAAGGUACUUGCUGAUAGGAUCAACCUGCCGUGUAAGCUAGUCAAAGGGAGUUAUUAUACAGGCACUGAUGAUGGAGCUGUGAACUUGAUAAAAUUGGAUAAUGGAAGCGAGCACAUUAUUGAUUUAAUGGGGGCUCCAGGCACUCUAAUUCCUGUUGAUGUACCCUGUGGUCAUCUUCGAAAUUUUGGGUUAGAUACGAAGAGUAUUGCCUCUGUCACGGGAACCUCCAAAAGUUCAUUUACAGUAUUGGAUGAAGGAGUGCAGUUAUUUGGUGAUGUUUUGUGCAAAGACAGCAUAAAUUAUUUUCCUGAAGGGUUGGCAGCACAACAGCUAAAAAUAGACCCUGCUGUUUCUAAUCCUGGAUUUGGUGGUGGCCUUUUGCAGUUAUCUGGAGAGAAAGAUGAAUCUUCAUUGGAGGAAAUGGAAGUAGCUUGCAGUAAUGACGAGUCUAAUGCUAGCAAGGUGCACAAGUUGCCAAUUGACCCUGUGUUGAAUGGGGUUUCCGGAAUUUUGUGGGAGGAUCUUCAGAUUGGCGAACGUAUUGGUAUAGGGUCAUAUGGUGAAGUCUACCGAGCAGAAUUGAAUGGCACAGAAGUCGCUGUCAAAAAACUAAUGAAACAAGACAUCUCAGGCAAUGCACUCACACAAUUUAAAUGCGAGGUCGAUAUCAUGUUGAGGCUUAGGCAUCCAAAUGUUGUUCUUUUCAUGGGAGCUGUAACAAUUCCCCCGAAUCUGUCCAUCUUGACAGAGUUUCUACCAAGGGGUAGUUUAUAUAAGCUACUUCACCGUCCAAAUAUCCAAAUUGAUGAAAAGAAGAGAUUAAGAAUGGCUCUUGAUGUGGCCAAGGGAAUGAAUUACUUGCACACGAGCCAACCUAUCAUUGUGCAUUGUGAUUUGAAGACUCCAAACCUCCUUGUUGAUAAGAAUUGGGUUGUUAAGGUUGGUGAUUUUGGGAUGUCAAGGUUGCAGCAUCACACCUUUCUAUCUUCGAAGUCAGCUGCUGGAACGGCAGAGUGGAUGGCACCAGAGGUUCUAAGGAAUGAACCGUCCAAUGAGAAAUCUGAUGUAUAUAGCUUUGGAAUAAUAUUAUGGGAGUUGGCAACUUUACGAGUUCCAUGGGCGGAAAUGAAUUCGAUGCAGGUUGUUGGAGCUGUUGGAUUCCAGGGUAGACACCUUGAUAUUCCACCUACAGUGGAUCCAUUGGUUGCAGGGAUAAUAAGUGACUGUUGGCAUCGAAAUCCACAGGCACGCCCUUCUUUUGGCCAGAUUAUCACCCGCCUCAAGUGUUUGCAGUGUCUAAACAGUGAUACACUAAGUUGGACUCCACAAAGUGCGGUUGGGAGUACUAGCAAAGCUGGUAAUAGUGAUUUGUGUUUGAAGUCCUGA